ACUCGUUGUGAUGAAACUUUCAUGAUCUCUCUUUAGUGUAGUUCAGUUCAUCUUGCAAGCCUACAGUGCGAACGUAUACCUACGGACCAAAAAAGUGGAACUUUAUUCGCGAUUCUUCGUCACCGGUGUCUUACUGAUUAAUAUAUGUGGUCAGUACUCGGAGGACCUAAGGUGUUCCUUCUAUGCUGCAAUGACCGUUGGUUCAUUUACGCGUGGCUUGUUUUGAUCAUGUUAUCAAAGACAGUAUCGAAAAGUUUGGAUUUGUGCUGCUGUGCUUCAGUUGAAAACAUUGGUCGUCUUCGAUAGAAAUUGAAAUUGGUAGUGAUUCGUUGGGAUCAGGGCUGGUUAAGGGUCGUCAUCAUCGUGUAGCAUCGAAAAAGGUCGCAUCGUGAACAAACCUGGGGGAAACAAAACGGAAGAGAACCAUAACCGCCGCGAGCCAAAAGUCCUGCCAGGUGGGUUCGGUAGUGUCGUCAAAUUCAACGAAGCGGGGUCAAAAGCUGUGCAUGAGGUGAGCGACGGGCAGUCACGGGCAUCCGCAAGGGGAGAUCCUUGGCCGUGAAAGUAAUACGGCUCCGUCGUGGUUCGCGUAUUCGCCUUCGUCAGCCGUGGCCAAGCGUGAGGCCGACGCACUUUAGACGUUGGGUCUUUCAUCAAAACGGCCAGCACGGAUCAACAUUUAACGCAAGGAAAACCAUGGACAGAGACAAGGAGAAGUCACUGAUUAUUGAAUACAAGAAAAACUACGGAACCAGUGCCAAUGCCGACGAUGAGUACCGGUCAGCACCACCACCACCGCCGUUGCAGUCCCAGAGAUCGGUUAUCUACUGCGUGCACGGAAAGUUGGCACAGUCGUGCUGCGAGCUGAGGGACGAUGAUGUUAGCAUUAGGAAAAUUGAGUCACAUUGUCACCGGCCUCGGAUGGAUGGAGUUGAUAAAAUCGCCAGGAAGAAAUUAAUUUUAGCCAGCAUACUGUGCGUCGUCUUCAUGAUAGCAGAGAUAAUAGGUGGUAUCUACUCCAACAGUUUGGCAAUAGCAACAGAUGCAGCCCAUCUUCUAGCCGACCUGGCCAGCUUUAUGAUAUCGCUGUUCGCACUCUGGGUUGCCGCGAGACCAUCGACCAAGAGGUUGUCGUUCGGAUGGCACCGGGCAGAGGUGAUCGGCGCCUUGACGUCGGUGCUGAUGAUUUGGGUCGUGACUGCAAUCCUGUUCUAUCUGGCGGUGCUGAGGACAAUCAAUCAGGACUUCGAGGUGGAUGGUCAAGCCAUGCUGAUUACUUCCGGACUGGGGAUUCUGGUGAAUGUCAUAAUGGGAGCAACAUUGCACGGUGGUCAUGGUCACAGUCAUUCAUCUACCGGCAGCGUGCAUGGUCAUGCACAUGGAACUCCAUCGGAGGAAAACAUGAACGUACGGGCCGCAUUCAUUCACGUGCUGAGCGAUUUCGUUCAGAGCUUGGGAGUAUUCAUAGCCGCUCUCGUCAUCUACUUCAAGCCCGAGUGGAACAUUGUGGAUCCAAUUUGUACGUUUUUGUUCUCGAUUUUGGUUCUGGUUACCACUCUGGCGAUAAUGAAGGAUGCACUCAUGGUCCUCAUGGAGGGUACACCCAAGUAUCUUGAUUUCACCGAAGUUAUGCAAACGUUCCUCCAGAUCCACGGCGUCGUCCGGGUACAUAAUUUGAGAAUAUGGGCACUCAGCAUCAACAAGAUUGCGCUGUCGGCUCAUUUGGCUGUCGAACCAAACACCAACACCGAAGCCGUCCUUCAGCAGGCAACACGUUCCGUUCAUGCAAAGUACGAUUUCUACGAAACCACUCUGCAAAUCGAAGAGUUUCAGGAAGAUAUGGAGGAUUGCAAUCAGUGUACUAAUCCCGUUUAGGGACGUUGAAAAAAGGUGUUGGGAUCAAGUAUUUCAUAGUGCAGAACAAUAUUGGGUAGGAAAAGUAACAUACUGUGAUUACUGCUUUUAUUGUUUUUGUUCUUUCCCACCAAAAUAAGUGCCAGUAUAUUCACAUUUUGUUAGGUUUUCUCUGUUAAUAUGAUGAUUAUCAAUCCUUUAAAUUAAAGUAUACGUACAUUUAAUAAUCGAGCAAAAAAACAGUUUCGCCUUCUUCCAAAUUUCAAAUAAAGCUAAUUUAUUUGCAGGUAGAAACAGCCGCGAUUGUGAUGCUUGUUGCUCGUUAAACAAAAGUGGUAAUCUCGUUUUAUUUGUGUAGUUGAAAGUAGUUUUUAUUCGUUAGAAAUUUCGAUAAAUAAAGUUAUGUCGUAUAAUUAAAUAGUUGAUAGUCAUAUUUUGAAAAUAUGCUAACUGUACUGAAAUAAUUUAGUGAGUUGAGAUAAAAAAAACAAUGUCCUUUCGACGGACCUUAAAUCGAUAGUAUCCACUAGAGCGGAAAAAGCACAGCAUCAAUAGCACACAGUGUUGGAAGGAAUCAUCACAAACUUAUUUGUAUUCACAAGUAAUCGGAGCAGUAAUGAAAGAUGAAAAAUCCAAGAGCAUGUGGAAAAUAAAAACCGACAUGGAAGUUCCUAUACAUGUGGAAAUUGAGAAGAGAA